AUGUACCACCCUUUCAUUCACAGCAAAAACAAGUACUUUGUCACCUCCCCCUACAUGAAUGGAAGGCUGCAUCUCGGUCAUACUUUCUGCCUUUCGAAGGGUAAGAUGUAUAUAGAUUUGACUUGUAGAUGUACUAAAUGUAAGUCUUAUUACGUAAUUUUAUUUUAUAUAUCUCGUUAUUUCUUUGUAGUUUGCUGUUGGUUUCCAGUGCUUGAAAGGGAAGCAAUGCCUAUUUCCAUUUGGGUUGAAUUGUACAUGAACGCCAAUCAAAGUGAGUAACUUUGAAUCUCUUGCUUGUUGUGUACAUCAUACACGGUCGUGGUUGGCUGUUAUUUAAGAAGGUUGCUGAAGCGAGAGAUGGAGGUUCCCUGAUGAGAAGGAGAAGCCCAAGUUUGCAGAGGAGUUCAUCAUCAAGGACAAAUCUAAGGGCAAAAAGGUGAACAUUUGAUGCCAAUAUCAAUUGAUCCUCUGCACUACUUAUACGCUUGGGGGAAUUUGUUUCCAUUAAUGCACAAUUCAAAAUGUAACUUCUCUUGUGUGUGAUCUUCAGAGCAAAGCAGUGGCAAAGGCUGGAGGGUCCAAGUUCCAGUGGGACAUUAUGAAGUCUCUGGGGUUGACAAGGAGAUGGCACCGUUUGCCAACGCGGAGCUCUGGCUGGAGUACUUCCCACCCCAGGCAGUGAAAGACCUAAAGAUGAUGGGUGUAAAGGUGAGUGAUUAUAACAAGAAACCAGCAAACUGAGUUUGUUUCUUCAUUUUACCAGGAAGCCUGAUGUUAACUAAUAUACUUACAUUUGUUUGAUGAGAACUGAAUCCUAACGUCAGAUCUGUGCUAAUAACUUGGAUUUUCCUGCAAAUCUCGCAUUUACAUCAAUGCAUGAUUGUGAAAGUUGUGUGUGGAUCUCAAGUUAAGAUCCAGACCUGAAUGUGCAGAUCAACAACCAUGCUUUAGUUCACUUUGAAAAAGCAUUUCAGGUGCUGUCCAUGUUAUUAAAAACGUGAUUAUAUCACAGGUGGACUGGCAAGGCUCCUUCAUCACGACCGUUGUGAACCCUUUCUACGACUCCUUUGUGAGGUGGCAGUUCAUCACUCUGAAGGAGAGGAAGAAAAUCAAGUUUGGUAAAAGGUAAGCUGUUGGAAAUGGUUAUAAAUAUCCCUGCAUUAUCCAUGUAGCAUUAUUACAUUGUCAUACCAUUACUUUUUGCAAGUAUACAAUCUACUCACCGAAAGAUGGAAAGCCGUGUAUGGACCUUAACAGGCAGACUGGAGAGGUAAGAUGUUCUUACCACUACAUAAUCUCAAUGAGUUGUGUGCAUGUGUUGUGUGACUGCAGCUCUGUAAUCAUGUUUUUACAUUCUAGGGAGAUGGAGCACAGGAUUACACCCUCAUUAAGAUGAAGGUUGUCGAGCCCUACCCUUCAAAACUAAAGGUACUACUCUAUGUGAACCCAACAUACUGUAUUCUGUUUAGUAGCAUAUGACUUGGAACAACUUUGUACCAUUGAUGUAACCAAUCAAUUUUAUGUUGUUAAUUGUGACAUAAGUUGCAAGUUGGUUGUCCUAAUAGCAUGUUACAGCAGAUUAUAGCAGGUUGCUGCUUGAGAAUACAAUCAUCUUUUUGCACUCUUCUGAACACUGUAUUUUCCUGGUCCCUGCAGUGGCCUUAAAGGUAAGAGCAUCUUCUUGGUGGCAGCUACUCUCAGACCAGAGACCAUGUUUGGCCAGACUAACUGCUGGGUCCAUCCUGACAUCAAGUACAUGGCCUUCGAGACGGCCAGUGGAGACGUGUUCAUCAACACACUGAGGUCUGCUAGGAACAUGUCUUACCAGGGCGUCACGAAGAAGAACGGCAAGGUCACAGUGAUCAUGGAUGUUCUGGGAAAUGUGUGUACAUUUAAAUUACAUCCUUAUGUUUAAGUGUCUGCACACACACUUACACACUGCAACUUAUGUGAGCCUGACACACCCACUCAAAUAGUGGUAAAUGUCUUUUAUUUUUUUAUUUUUUUUUAUUUCACCUUUAUUUAACCGGGUAAGCCAGUUGAGAACAGGUUCUCAUUUACAACUGCGACCUGGCCAAGACAAAGCAAAGUAGUGCAACAAAAACAACACAGAGUUACAUAUGGGGUAAAAAAAAACAUAAAGUCAGAAAUACAACAGAAAAUAUAUAUACAGUGUGUGCAAAUGUAGCAAGUUAUGGAGGUAAGGCAAUAAAUAGGCUAUAGUGCAGAAUAAUUACAAUAGUAUUAACACUGGAAUGCUAGAUGUGCAAGAGAUUAUGUGCAAAUAGAGAUACUGGGGUGCAAAAGAGCAAAUUAAAUAACAAUAUAGGGAUGAGGUAGUUGGGUGGGCUAAUUUCAGAUGGGCUGUGUACAGGUGCAGUGAUCGGUAAGGUGCUCUGACAACUGAUGCUUAAAGUUAUUGAGGGAGAUAAGAGUCUCCAGCUUCAGAGAUUUUUGCAAUUCGUUCCAGUCAUUGGCAGCAGAGAACUGGAAGGAAUGGCGGCCAAAGGAGGUGUUGGCUUUGGGAAUGACCAGUGAGAUAUACCUGCUGGAGCGCAGACUACGGGUGGGUGCUGGUAUGGUGACCAAUGAGCUAAGAUAAGGCGGGGAUUUGCCUAGCAGUGAUCUAUAGAUGGCCUGGAGCCAGUGGGUUUGACGACGAACAUGUAGUGAGGACCAGCCAACAAGAGCGUACAGGUCACAGUGGUGGGUAGUGUAUGGGGCUUUGGAGACAAAACGGAUGGCACUGUGAUAGACUACAUCCAAUUUGCUGAGUAGAGUGUUGGAGGCUAUUUUAUAAAUGACAUCGCCGAAGUCAAGGAUCGGUAGGAUAGUCAGUUUUACGAGGGCAUGUUUGGCAGCAUGAGUGAAGGAGGCUUUGUUGCGAAAUAGGAAGCCGAUUCUAGAUUUAACUUUGGAUUGGAGAUUCUUUAUGUGAGUCUGGAAGUUGAGUUUACAGUCUAACCAGACACCUAGAUAUUUGUAGUUGUCCACAUACUCUAGGUCAGACCCGUCGAGAGUGGUGAUUCUAGUCGGGUGGGCGGGUGCUAGCAGCGUUCGAUUGAAAAGCAUGCAUUUAGUUUUACUAGUGUUUAAGAGCAGUUGAAGGCUACUGAAGGAUUGUUGUAUGGCAUUGAAGCUCGUUUGGAGGUUUGUUAACACAGUGUCCAAUGAAGGGCCAGAUGUAUACAAAAUGGUGUCGUCUGCGUAGAGGUGGAUCUGAGAGUCACCAGCAGCAAGAGCGACAUCAUUGAUAUACACAGAGAAAAGUGUCGGCCCAAGAAUUGAACCCUGUGGCACCCCCAUAGAGACUGCCAUAGGUCCAGACAACAGGCCCUCCGAUUUGACACACUGAACUCUAUCUGAGAAGUAGUUGGUGAACCAGGCGAGGCAGUCAUUUGAGAAACCAAGGCUAUUUAGUCUGCCAAUAAGAAUGCGGUGGUUGACAGAGUCGAAAGCCUUGGCCAGGUCGAUGAAGACGGCUGCACAGUACUGUCUAUUAUCAAUCGCGGUUAUAAUAUCGUUUAGGACCUUGAGCGUGGCUGAAGUGCAGCUCUCUGUAGGAUAUUCUUAGAUGUGCUCUUAGUGCCCCGCUGACGUCUUACCAGACCAUCUAUGCUCUGCCCAUGCUCACCAUCAAGGAGGACAAAGGUAUUGGAAUAGAAUCUUGAGAAUGCUCCAAAUACCACUUUAACUGCAUCCAUGCUGUCUCUGUUCCAGCACAUCUAGAUUGGGCUUGAGGCAUUCCUCCUUUUGAAGAGCUAAAGUGAGGGAGGCAUAAGUCAUUGUAGAGCACAGUAAACAUUGAAAUGAAGUACAAAGAUGAUGGUUACUGAUUUAGGCCCUGAGGGGAUGCUGCACACAACUCCCACAGCAUUGCUCUUGGAUUGCCUCUUGCUAGGAGUCAUUACAAUGAAUUAUUUUGGUCUGUUUUGCUCCAGGGGUUUACAUCUGCAUUGAAAUGGUGUGACUAAAUUGAAACGUCUAUGGCUUUGUUCUCUCUCUUAUGCACAACGUCCCGUGUUUGGUAGAGAAGGCAAUGAGGUAAAACUCUGACGACACCGCAGGGCAUUUCUUGUGCUUCUAGGUUGGUUGUGUUUCUCAUGUGACUUUGGUCCACUUGCUUUGUGACACCCAGGCACUGGAAUUGUCACCAGCAUCCCGUCCGAUGCACCCGAUGACAUUGCUGCCCUAAGGGGAGCAUAUAAAAAAAGAAACAGGUGACACUUUAACAGCACUACUUAAGUAUUUCCCUUUGUGGCUACUGGUCUAUAUUAGUUAACCUAUGCAUUGUACAAUGUGUUUUGGUUAAUGAAGUAAUUGGAGAUCACUUGGAUUCCUCUUAUAGGCCCUGAGAGAAAAAUAUGGAAUCAAAGACAAGAUGGUCUUACCUUUUGAGAUGGUAAACUGCCUCUCGCACCCUUUAUUUGGCUCUAAAUGACCAGACAGUGUAGUGUGUGCCUUGUACCUAUAACAUACAGGGCUUCUAUGAAGGGGUGAGUCCUAAUGGCUUAACAUAACAUCUCAACUAUGCAUACAUGUAAUACAAUACCACUUUAUUUAUCCCCGUAGGACAGCUAUGGCUACAGAGGUGCAGCAGACCUACACAACAUCGUACAAUGGUAUAGGAAAAUCAACAACAUAUUCUCCGAUUCUUUUAAUGAACCGUCUUCUUUUCUCAGAUCAUGCUGGUUGAAGGCUACAAGGGCGAAAAGGUGCAGGAUGUCAAGAAACCCACCAAGAAGAUGAUGGUGGUGGAGAAGGUACCCUGUUUGAAAUCAAUGAUUGAUGCUGUCAGGAGGAGUGGGGUGUGCCCGACGACACAAGCGGAAAAGAGUAAUAACUCCUUUCACAUGUUUUGACUUUAGCUUUCCGUGUCUCUGGCGCUCUAGUCACAAGCCGUUCAGGCAAGAGGGUGGUUAAAGAUGGCGGCCACCUGUCGUCUCUUUGCGUCGAUGUGGCCUCACUGGCACAGUCCGUAACUCUCCUUCUGAGGAGUCUGUGGAAGGAGAGCACACCACAGUGUGAGUAGGCUGUCUUCCUAACUGCUCCAGCUGACUGAGGUCCAGCCUGCACUCUUGUGCCAGUCAGUUGAUUAGGGAAUACCUUGCAGGUGUGCUGAUUAGUAAUUCUGCACAGGUGUGUUGGAUGAGCAGAACUGUGGCGCUGUCUUCAGCUGGCCUGGUGCUGAAGGUAGUGCAGCCUUCCACAGUGCUGAACUGAGUGCCGCUGUCCAUGGUGCUGCACUGGGAGUCCUACAGCCACACCUAUGCCCAUGCUUCUCACACUGCCACAGAUACAAUACCAAUCUAUAUUUAUUGUGUUCAUGUUUAUGCUCUUUAACUAUGUUGUUCGUUUACGCUGUGGGCUGUUUACUACGGUUGUUGACGUGGGCUGUUUGCUACGGUUGUUGACGUGGGCUGUUUACUACGGUUGUUGACGUGGGCUGUUAGCUACGGUUGUUGACGUGGGCUGUUUGCUACGGUUGUUGACGUGGGCUGUUUACUACGGUUGUUGACGUGGGCUGUUUGCUACGGUUGUUGACGUGGGCUGUUUACUACGGUUGUUGACGUGGGCUGUUAGCUACGGUUGUUGACGUGGGCUGUUUACUACGGUUGUUGACGUGGGCUGUUUGCUACGGUUGUUGACGUGGGUUGUUUGCUACGGUUGUUGACGUGGACUGUUUGCUACAGUUGUUGACGUUGGCUGUUUGCCACGGUUGUUGACGUGGGCUGUUUGCUACGGUUGUUGAUGUGGGCUGUUUGCUACGGUUGUUGACGUGGGCUGUUUGUUACGGUUGUUGACGUGGGCUGUUUGCUACGGUUAUUGACGUGGGCUGUUUGCUACGGUUGUUGACGUGGGCUGUUUGCUACAGUUGUUGACGUGGGCUGUUUGCUACAGUUGUUGACGUGGGCUGUUUGCUACAGUUGUUGACGUGGGCUGUUUACUACGGUUGUUGACGUGGGCUGUUUACUACGGUUGUUGACGUGGGCUGUUAGCUACGGUUGUUGACGUGGGCUGUUUGCUACGGUUGUUGACGUGGGCUGUUUACUACGGUUGUUGACGUGGGCUGUUAGCUACGGUUGUUGACGUGGGCUGUUUGCUACGGUUGUUGACGUGGGCUGUUUACUACGGUUGUUGACGUGGGCUGUUUGCUACGGUUGUUGACGUGGGUUGUUUGCUACGGUUGUUGACGUGGACUGUUUGCUACAGUUGUUGACGUGGGCUGUUUGCUACGGUUGUUGACGUGGGCUCUUUGCUACGGUUGUUGACGUGGGCUGUUUGCUACGGUUGUUGACGUGGGCUGUUUGCUACGGUUGUUGACGUGGGCUGUUUGCUACGGUUGUUGACGUGGGCUGUUUGCUACGGUUGUUGACGUGGGCUGUUUGUUAUGGUUGUUGACGUGGGCUGUUUGCUACGGUUGUUGACGUGGGCUGUUUGCUACGGUUGUUGACGUGGGCUGUUUGCUACAGUUGUUGACGUGGGCUGUUUGCUACAGUUGUUGACGUGGGCUGUUUGCUACAGUUGUUGACGUGGGCUGUUUGCUACGGUUGUUGACUUGGGCUGUUUACUACGGUUGUUGACGUGGGCUGUUUGCUACGGUUGUUGACGUGGGCUGUUUGCUACGGUUGUUGACGUGGGCUGUUUGCUACGGUUGUUGACGUGGGCUGUUUGCUACGGUUGUUGACGUGGGCUGUUUGCUACGGUUGUUGACGUGGGCUGUUUACUACGGUUGUUGACGUGGGCUGUUUACUACAGUUGUUGACGUGGGCUGUUUGCUACGGUUGUUGACGUGGGCUGUUUACUACGGUUGUUGACGUGGGCUGUUUACUACGGUUGUUGACGUGGGCUGUUUGCUACGGUUGUUGACGUGGGCUGUUUACUGAUGUGUUUGAUACGUUUCUUUGAUAUGCAUUAGUGUGUUCUAACAUGGACCUAUACCAAUGUUUCAGGGCCAAGCUUUGAGCUACAUGGAGCCAGGGAAGCAGGUGAUGUCACACUCUGCAGACGAGUGUGUGGUGGCACUCUGCGACCAGUGGUGAGUGGAUGGGCCUGAUGGGAGCCUCUGAAAACUAGCAUGGAAAUCCACACUGAAUAUUGCUCUGUUUCACUGUAUGGAUUCCAGGCUACCUGACAGCAUAGACAAGUAUGGAUUGUAUUCAUCUCACUAAACAUAUAAGGGUAAUUAUUAGAGAAACUGAACAUUCCUGAGCAACAUUUCUGCAGUUUGCUGUGUCCGGUCUGACAGGUAUCUGCAUUAUGGGGACAAGAGUGGGAGCAGCAGACCAUGGAAUGCCUGAAGCCACCGGAGACGUGAGUCAUUCCGCUGUUCUGUCGCUCAACUUCCCCAGCUCUCUUCAGUGAUUAUGCUCUACCACCGCUAACAAGCUCCUUGUCAAAGGAAUGUGUCAGACUGUGUUGAGGAUUUCCUGGGCUGUGUGUCUGUCUGGUCAAUAUGGAGAUGUUUAAACUGUGCCUCUUGUAUGGGUUGGACUCUUUAGGUUCUGUGAUGAGACCAGGAAGAACUUAGAGGCCACUCUGGACUGGCUCCAGGAGCACACCUGCUCUCGUACCUAUGGCCUGGGUGAGGAGGGGGACAGGCACAUGGGGCAGGCUCAGUGGAGUUAGUUUGGACAGGAUCAGUGGAGUUAGUUUGGACAUGGGACAGGGGACAGGAUCAGUGGAGUUAGUUUGGACAUGGGACAGGGGACAGGAUCAGUGGAGUUAGUUUGGACAGGGGACAGGAUCAGUGGAGUUAGUUUGGACAGGGGGCAGGAUCAGUGGAGUUAGUUUGGUGUCACAGCAAAGCAUGUCCAGCAAAGCAGGGCCAGGAGUUAGUUCUACCUAUAACAUACAGUCUGACUAAACUAGGCCUAAUUAUACCUAUAACAUACAGUCUGACUAAACUAGGCCUAAUUAUACCUAUAACAUACAGUCUGACUAAACUAGGCCUAAUUAUACCUAUAACAUACAGUCUGACUAAACUCUGGGCCUAAUUAUACCUAUAACAUACAGUCUGACUAAACUCUGGGCCUAAUUAUACCUAUAACAUACAGUCUGACUAAACUAGGCCUAAUUAUACCUAUAACAUACAGUCUGACUAAACUCUGGGCCUAGUUCUACCUAUAACAUACAGUCUGACUAAACUCUGGGCCUAGUUCUACCUAUAACAUACAGUCUGACUAAACUCUGGGCCUAGUUCUACCUAUAACAUACAGUCUGACUAAACUCUGGGCCUAGUUCUACCUAUAACAUACAGUCUGACUAAACUCUGGGCCUAGUUCUACCUAUAACAUACAGUCUGACUAAACUCUGGGCCUAGUUCUACCUAUAACAUACAGUCUGACUAAACUCUGGGCCUAGUUCUACCUAUAACAUACAGUCUGACUAAACUCUGGGCCUAGUUCUACCUAUAACAUACAGUCUGACUAAACUCUGGGCCUAGUUCUACCUAUAACAUACAGUCUGUAACUAGAGCCCUAGGGAGGCACAUUGCCAGAAAACAUUCUGGGACCUCUCACGUCCGGAACUGUCACGAUCGUCGUAGGAGUGAGUAGACCAAGGCGCAGCGUGUGAAACAAACAUGACUUUAAUUAGUUAAAGUUAUCAAAACAAAACACGACUCGUGAAGUCCACGGUGACAAAAUACCGACACGGAACAAAAACCCACAAACACAAAGUGAAACACAGACAGUUAAAUAUGGCUCCCAAUCAGAGACAACCAGCCGACAGCUGACACUCGUUGCCUCUGAUUGGGAGUCACACAGGCAAACAUAGAAAUAACCAACCUAGAACACCCAAACAAAGAAACAGAACACAUAGAAUAAACACACCCUGGCUCAACAUAUAGAGUCCCAGAGCCAGGGUGUGACAGUACCCCCCCCUAAAGGCGCGGACUGCGACCGCGCCUAAAUACGAGCAAAACAGGGGAGGGCUGGGUGGGCAUUCCUCCUCGGCGGCGGCUCCGGCUCCGGGCUUGCCCACCACCCUCCAACAAACCCCCCAUAGCGCCCCUGGUCCGGUCUGGCCCCGCUGGCUGGAGCUGGACUGGACGUAGCAGGAGCGGUAGGCUUCAGCUCCUUAGUGGAGCAGUAGAGCGGUACCUGAAUUGGCACCGAUGACCCAGGCACGGGUUGUGCCGGACUGACGACUCGCACCCCUGGCUUGGUGCGAGUGGCAGGAACGGGCCGGGCCGGGCUGGCGACGCGCACCGUAGACUUGGUGCGAGUGGCAGGAACAGGCCGGGCCGGGCUGGCGACGCACCCCGUAGGCUUGGUGCGUGGAGCAGGGACAGGCCGGGCUGACGACGCACACCGUAGGCUUGGUGCGUGGAGCAGGAACAGGCCGGGCUGGGCUGGCGACGCACACCGUAGGUUUGGUGCGUGGAGCAGGGACAGGCCGGGCUGGGCUGUCGACGCACACCGUAGGCUUGGUGCGUGGAGCAGGAACAGGCCGGGCAGGGCUGGCGACGCACACCGUAGGCUUGGUGCGUGGAGCAGGAACAGGCCGGGCUGGGCUGUCGACGCACACCGUAGGCUUGGUGCGUGGAGCAGGGACAGGCCGGACUGGGCUGGCGACGCACACCGUAGGCUUGGUGCGUGGAGCAGGCACAGGCCGGGCCGGGCUGGCGACGCACACCGUAGGCUUGGUGCGUGGAGCAAGGACAGGCUGGGCUGGGCUGUCGACGCACACCGUAGGCUUGGUGCGUGGAGCAGGGACAGGCCGGACUGGGCUGGCGACGCACACCGUAGGCUUGGUGCGUGGAGCAGGGACAGGCCGGACUGGGCUAUGGAGACGGAUAGGAGACCUGGAGUGAAGAGCCGCCACAACCCGUCCUGGCUGAAUGCCUACCUUCACACACUCUGUGUGAGGCAUCAGCACAGGACGUACAGGGCUGUGUACCCGUACUGGCAUAACAGCACGUGACACUGGCGCAGGAUAUCCGGGACCGAGGAGAGGCACUGGAGGCCACGAGCGCUGAGCCGGCACACUCCGUCCUGGCUGCAUGCCCACCUUCGCACAACACGUGCGGGGUGCUCGUACCGGACUAUGCCGGACCACUCGUGGCACAGUGCGCAGCUCCGCAUACCGCGGAACCUGCCCAGUCUCAUGCUGCCAUGCCUGAGUACGGGGAGUUGGCUCUGCUCUCCAUCCAGGCUCCGCCAACCUGCCUUCUGGCCCCCAAAACCCGGUGGCCUCCUCUCCUAAUCUCCCAAUUCGCCCUGUGGCAGCCUCCUGCUGCCCAGUCGCCCAUGCCGUGUGCCCCCCCCUAAAAAAUUCUUGGGGGUGCCUCUCGCCUGUCCGACGUUGACCCGUUUGGUGCCGCUGCUCCUCUCCUGCCUGGGUCUCCCCCUUUAUCGCCUUCCGGUACCGGACGGCCUCCUCCUCAGUAAUCUGCCCCCAACCGAGGAGGACAUCCACAAGAGUCACCUCCUGCGUGUGUUCCUGGACACGCUGCUUGGUCCUGGUAUGGUGGGUUUUUCUGUCACGAUCGUCGUAGGAGUGAGUAGACCAAGGCGCAGCGUGUGAAACAAACAUGACUUUAAUUAGUUAAAGUUAUCAAAACAAAACACGACUCGUGAAGUCCACGGUGACAAAAUACCGACACGGAACAAAAACCCACAAACACAAAGUGAAACACAGACAGUUAAAUAUGGCUCCCAAUCAGAGACAACCAGCCGACAGCUGACACUCGUUGCCUCUGAUUGGGAGUCACACAGGCAAACAUAGAAAUAACCAACCUAGAACACCCAAACAAAGAAACAGAACACAUAGAAUAAACACACCCUGGCUCAACAUAUAGAGUCCCAGAGCCAGGGUGUGACCGGAACACAUCUUUUGAGACCAUCAGCAACCAUUCAGAGGCUUUGGGGAAUAUUGGGAUGGUGUGAAAGUGAAGUGAUGUGCAUGGACUUUAGAUGGAGACAAAAUACCCAGAAAAAGGAAGCAUGUUUUAGUAGAUAAUGUGCCAAACUACAGGAAGGACACAUGUUUCACAUGCUUAAUAAUCAAUUUUCCAUUUCAGUGGAGGACCCAGCAUGUAAAACCACAGUAAUUAUAUGAUAAGCAUAUCCCUUAAUGUUCACACUAGGUGGUGGUUGAUUGUUGUUGUUUUUUCCGGUGUGCUUGUUGCCAUAGGAACAAGGUUGUCAUGGGACCAGCAGUGGCGGCAGGUAGCUUAGUGGUUAAGAGCGUUGUGCCAGUAACCGAAAGGUCGCUGGUUCUAAUCCCCGAGCCGACUAGGUGAAAGAUCUGUCGAUGUGCCCUUGAGCAAGGCACUUAACCCUAAUUGCUCAUGUAAGUCGCUCUGGAUAAGAGCGUCUGCUAAAUGACUAAAAAUAAAAAUAAAUAAAAAACAGUGGCUAAUGGAGUCCCUGUCUGACUCGACCAUUUACAUGACCUACUACACCGUGGCUCACUUCCUCCAGGGGGGAGUGCUCAACGGACAGGGACCGUCGCCUGUAGGGAUCAAGUAUGCACCACUCUCUACUCUCACAUGGUCAUUUAAUUUAGUGGCAAUAGGCUUCUGUAGAUGCAGACUGAGGACAUUAUAACACCUUCAUAUGUCCUUUUCAACAUUGUUGCAAUAGAGAACAUGUUCAUUGUAAUAGUUGGAGAUAUGUUUAUAAUGUACUAUUUUGCACAUGUAUAUAUUUCAUGGAAGAGGAUGAAUGCAGUGUGCCAGAGGUUUUUAAAUCCCUAUAGUUGGUUAUGGAUACAGUGCUAUUGGAGCCACUUUAUAAUCUGAGUGUUUCUCUUUCUCUCUCUGUCUCUCUGUCUGUCAGGCCAGAACAGAUGACCAGGGUGGUGUGGGACUUCAUCUUCUUUAAGAGCUCUCCCUUCCCCAAGACGGACAUCCCCAAGGAACACCUGCAGAGGCUGAGGAGGGAGUUUGAGUACUGGUACCCCGUGGAUGCCCGUGUGUCUGGGAAGGACCUGGCGCCCAACCACGUGGCCAUGUGGCCCAAUGGCAGGUGAGAUGAACCACGUGCCUGGCUAGCUGCCUGUCUGCCCGCCUGCCUUUCUACGGUGCUAGGGCUGCUACAGGGGUACACGCUAUUUGGCUUUAUGGGAAUGUUGUUUUGCUGUAUUGAAUGCUGGAAUGCUGUAUUGAUUGAGUUAAUUGAAUAUUCAUUUUAUGAUGAAAUUGGUGCGGGUGCUGUAUUUUAAUGAGACCGGGAAUGGUAGUGUUUGUCUUUUCUGAUUGAUGCAGUUUUGGGUGAACUUGUACGUCCUAUUCUUGUCAUACUAUAAGACUAAUGUCCACAUACAUUAGAUACAACUGGUGUCUUUACAAGUGUAGAAUCAUUAUGCAGUUCUAUACCUCUAUUAUUUGAAAGGAUAGGAAGGAUAAGCCUAAUGGCAAUUUACUGCAGGGUGUAACCAGUUAUGGGGAUGGUACGGAUGGUAAGACAACCCAUCUAGAGAUUCUCAUGUUUUGAAGGAGAUUAUCUUUGUGUACACAGCGGAAAAUGGCCGCAGGCCGUCCGAACCAAUGGUCACCUGUUACUGAACUCUGAAAAUGUACGUUUUCCUUUCUCUGAAAGAGGUUUUGUUAACUACAAACAGGUCACUGAUGCACUGAACUCUCUCUGUCGCCUGCUCUGGCAGCAUGGGAGCUGUGUGUUUUGAUGUUGUCUGAAGACGUCAAGUGUCAUGCACAAAGACUGUGUGUGUGUGUCUUAAGUUUGUGUGUUCCUCCUGACAGUCUUUGUUUGUAUUCAUCAGAUGUCUAAAUCCACAGGCAACGUCCUCACUCUGAGUGACACCAUCUCUAAGUUUUCUGCUGAUGUUGGGUAGGGCCCUAUAAGCCUUCCAGCCUCUUAACUCAAUGCCUCCUAAUUACUAGGAAGCUUUAUGAGAGGAACAGUCAUUAUUUUCUCCGGAAGUCAAAAUCAAUGAGUCAUUCUGUACUUCUUGAUGGCUGAAUGUUUCCUGCUACUUCUCCUCUGAUGGAAGGGUGGCUUGCUUCAUUUGGGAAACAGAAGAGGAAGGGGGAGCAGAGCAGUGGGAUAACGUCUCCUGCAUUCCUUUUGACCACUUCUUCCUACUUGGAGAGUAGAAAUGAACACCAUCAUCUGGCCCAAAGUGCUGAUAGUAAAUGAGUCAUGUUGAUUUGAUGCCAUGCCUCAGGCUGAUUGCUUCCUUCUGGUUAUUUAUGAAGAAGUGGGACUGCCUAAAUGUUCUCUUCACAUACUUUUGUAGAAGACAGGAGGGGGGAUUUUAUAAGGCUGUUAUUAUGCUUCAUGUUACUAAUUGCUAAAAUUCUGCUUUUAGUGUCAAAGUGCUUUGUUUCUACCAGUGUCACUGUAAUAUGUUGUGUGUGCCCUGAGUGUUAAACGCAGCCUUACCAUGUUGUGUGUGUCCUUGCCCAGGGAUGCGCAUGGCCCUGGUGGACGCAGGGGACACAGUGGAAGACCUCACUUUGUGGAGGCCAUGGCCGACGAUGGCAUCCUGCGCCUCUACACCUGGGUGGAGUGGGUCAAGGAGAUGAUAGCCAAUCAGAACAACCGGAGGACAGGGCCAGCUUACACCUUCCAUGACCGCGUGUUCGCCAGGUAG